AUGCCUAGUGACACUGUAGUUAAUCCAAGAGAGUAUUGUAAUGCAAUCACCACUCGAAGUGGGAAGGUGAUUGAACUUCAAGAUAAGCUAGCCAAGGUAGACAAAGAAGUGCUAAAGGAGGAGGAGACAAAAGGGGAGGAUACUAAGAAAGAAGAGACUCCUAAUUAUGAUGAUGUAACCUACUUUGGAGGAGCAAUUAAUCGUAAUAAGAAAACUACAAAGAAACUUCCAUUAGGAUUCAGUCAACAAGAUCCUUAUGCAAAAGCUCCAUACCCUCUUCGGCAAAAGCAAGAUAAAGAGAAGCAACAAUACUCGAAGUUUAUGGAGAUGUUUAAAAAGCUGCAAAUUAACAUUCCAUUCUCCGAAGCUCUGGAGAACAUGUCUCUUUAUGCGAAAUUCAUGAAGGAUCUCUUGUCAAACAGGCAUAAGCUCAGAGAGAUGGAAACGAUAGCUUUAACUAAAGAGAGUAGUGUUGUGAUCAAAAAGGGGUUGCCAUCUAAAGUCAAAGACCCAGGGAGAUUCAGUAUCCCUUGUACGAUCAAGAAUGUCAAAGUAGGAAGAGCUCUAUAUGAUCUGGGAGCCAGUGUCAACUUGAUGCCUCUUUCUUUUGCAUAA